GACAUUAUUUCCGGGUUGAGGCAAUAAACUCUGGGACGGAGCCAGACCGGAGCUGACCUGGUACGGAUCCUGAAACGUGACUCCACUUCAGACGAGGCGUGGUGAAUCUCUCUCGUGGUACUUACAUGUCAUCCGCCUGUCGGAUCUUUCUUGCGUUGUAUGAAGCUACAGCUCCCCUCCCAGUUGCCUGCUACAAAAGUAAUCCUCACCAUAUGCAACAAAGAUCUAUAACAGAAAAAGCUUGAACUAGAGGACAGCCAGACGACAACAGAUCACAAGCAAAAAAAAUACAGACAGAAAAUGGAUCCCAGCUGGGAUUCAUCAGAGAAGUCAGGCAUUGCGCAGCCCGCACCUCCACCAUACCAGGAAAAUCAAGGAUACCCUAAUGCUGGAUAUCCGCCCCAGCAAUAUGGCCAACCAAUCCCACAGGCUCCUUAUCCAGGACAGCCUCCGAUCACUGUACAGCCGACAGUUUAUGUGGGCCCCACUCCACUGGCAAAUCCACUGCCGGAUUACCUGGGUUACUCCAUCUUUACCAUGCUGUGCUGCUGUUUACCACUGGGCAUUGCUGCUCUGAUUAACUCUAUGUCUACUCGAAAUGCCAACAUGUCCGGACAACAACAAGUAGCGGAGAAAAGCUCCAGAAUGGCACGCAUACUUAACCACACUGCUGUUGGUUUGGGUAUCACUUUCUUUGUAGUGUAUAUCAUCAUUGUCAUUUUCUACGUUAAACGUGUACACUAAAAAAAGUUUUCGGGUUGCACAUGAUUUUUCUUAAAAAAAAUUGUUGGAUCUAUGUAAUUUCAUUGUGUACACCAGUUCAACAUGAUUAAAUCAGGUUUUCUUAUAACUUAAUUAAUUUAAAUUUAUGGUAAUUUCAUUUUAAGAAAACCUAAUGUAAUCAUGUUCAACCGAUGUCCAGAAGUUUUUUGUUCAGUGUGUAAAGUGACAUAGCGAUCAAUGCAGUGUUUUGAAUAUGAUGUUAUUAAAAUGUUUGAUAUUCUGCAUUUGAAUGUAAAAGCUAUAUGUACAAUGGUGAUUUUGUUUAUGCUAAACAUCAAUGGGCGGUGCCAUGCAUAUGACUACUGAGGAAUGACUUAACAUGUUGACUCAUAUUGACUUAAUUCAUUGGUUUAUUUUUUUACUGAAUUAAAAGAGUGGUUUGACUUUUUGUUGUGUUUUUACAGAAUUAAACUUUCAGGGUAAAUGAGACAUUUCUUACAUUUUAUGAGUUGAUGUGAGGUGAACAAAAUAUAAAUGCAUUUACCAUUUACAGUAUAUUUUCAUUAUAACAAGCUAUAACCAUAUGUAACUGGUUUAUAGUCUACUAUUAUAAUAUCCUGUGCCAGACAUCUUAUUCUACUAUUCUGUAUGUGCUGUGUGCAUUAAUGAGAACAAUAAAAUCUCUAGUAAUCAUCAA